AUGGUGGAUUAUUACAGAGUCCUUGGACUGCAAAAGAAUGCCUCACAAGAUGAGGUUAAGAAAUCCUACUACAAACUGGCACUAAAAUGGCACCCUGACAAGAAUCCCAGAAACAAGGAGGAAGCUGAAAAGAAAUUCAGAUUAAUCUCUGAGGCAUACAGUAUUUUGUCUGACCCUCAGAAACGAUCAGCCUAUGAUGGCAGAUUCGAGAAAAGCAGAUUCCAAAGAGAAAGAAGUUUCACAGGGGGUCACACGGACCCUUUUGAUUCCCCUUCUGGAUUUUCAGACCUUGAAAUGAUGUUUAGGGAUUUGUUUUGGGGAAUGGAUCCCUUCAGCAGCAUCAGAAACCAUGGUGGAAGCAGGCACAGGACAAAUGAAAGAGGAAGGCGCUCCAAUUAUGCUGAUAAGUUUAUAGACUUGUUAACAUCAUUUAAUUCGCCCAGAGAGCAGCAAGCUGGGCCACACAGUGUCAGAGCAAUGAUAACCACUAUUGAAGAGAUCAAUGGCAAGAAGAUCAUCACCCGGAGAAUCUUUGAGAAUGGGGAAGAGAGAAUAGAAGUGGAAGAAGACGGCCAGCUGAAGCAUGUGAGAAAACGAGGAGAAUCCAACCGGUAUGGGGGCCCCUCACAGAGGCAUUAA